GGGAAAAGAAGGAAGAAGCGCGGCCUCACGCGGGCGGCGGGUUCCUGCCAGCCAGCCAGGCCGCGGCGGCCUCCUCGUUCCUCCUCCUCCCGCUCCUCCUCCUCCUUUUUUCCCCUCCUCCUCCUCCGUGAGGGCGCCCCCAGCGGCUCCCGCCUCGCCUCAGCCAGGCCGGGUGAGGGGGGAAAACAGGCGAGGAGGAGGAGGAGGAGGAGAAGAAGGAGAGCCGCGGCGGGGCGGAGCUGACUUAGGCCCGAGGCGGUGAAGGCGGUCGAGGCCUGCCCGCCUCCUGGUCAGGGCGGCCGCCCGAGCCAGGCAAGAUGGCGGCGGUGGAGCUGGAGUGGGUGCCCGAGACGCUCUACAACACCGCCAUCUCGGCCGUGGUCGACAGCUACGGCCGGGCUCGCCGGAGGGACAUCCGCUCCUUGCCCGAGAACAUCCAAUUCGACGUCUAUUACAAGCUUUACCAACAAGGCCGACUAUGCCAGCUGGGUAGCGAAUUCUGUGAACUAGAAGUUUUUGCAAAGGUGCUUCGAGCUUUAGAUAAAAGGCAUCUCCUUCAUCACUGCUUUCAGGCGUUGAUGGAUCACGGAGUAAAAGUUGCUUCAGUCUUGGCCUACUCAUUCAGUCGGAGGUGUUCCUACAUUGCAGAAUCAGAUGCUGCCGUAAAAGAAAAAGCGAUCCAGAUUGGGUUUGUCUUAGGGGGGUUCCUGUCUGAUGCUGGCUGGUACAGUGAUGCUGAAAAGGUCUUCCUUUCCUGCCUUCAGUUAUGUACCCUUCAUGAUGAGAUGCUCCACUGGUUUCGUGCCGUCGAAUGUUGCGUCAGGUUAUUGCAUGUCCGGAACGGCAAUUGUAAAUAUCACUUGGGAGAAGAAACCUUCAAAUUAGCACAAUCUUAUAUGGAAAAACUAGCCGAGCACGGCCAGCAAGCCAACAAAGCUGCCCUCUACGGAGAGCUGUGUGCUCUGCUCUUUGCAAAAAGUCAUUAUGAUGAGGCUUACAAAUGGUGUAUAGAAGCAAUGAAGGAGAUCUCAGUUGGUUUGCCUGUAAAAGUAAUUGUGGAUGUUUUGCGACAAGCCUCAAAGGCUUGCGUUGUGAAACGUGAAUUUAAGAAAGCUGAGCAGUUGAUAAAACACGCAGUGUACCUAGCACGGGAGCAUUUUGGAGCCAAACAUCCUAAAUAUUCGGACACUCUACUUGACUAUGGAUUUUAUUUACUCAAUGUAGAUAACAUAUGCCAGUCAGUUGCAAUUUAUCAGACAGCCUUGGACAUCAGACAGUCGGUGUUUGGCGGCAAAAACAUCCAUGUAGCUACAGCUCAUGAAGAUCUAGCCUACUCUUCUUACGUUCACCAAUACAGUUCGGGAAAAUUUGAUAAUGCACUAUUCCAUGCGGAACGUGCGAUUGGCAUCAUCACCCACAUUCUCCCAGAAGAUCACCUCCUCCUCGCCUCUUCCAAAAGAGUGAAAGCGCUUAUCUUGGAGGAGAUUGCAAUCGACUGCCACAAUAAGGAAACCGAGCAAAGGCUGCUCCAAGAAGCUCACGACCUGCACCUCUCCUCUCUCCAGCUGGCCAAGAAAGCCUUUGGGGAGUUCAACGUUCAGACAGCAAAACACUACGGCAACCUUGGCCGACUUUAUCAGUCAAUGAGGAAAUUCAAGGAAGCAGAAGAGAUGCACAUCAAAGCAAUUCAGAUCAAGGAGCAGCUGCUCGGUCAAGAAGAUUAUGAAGUCGCUCUUUCAGUGGGACACCUCGCCUCGCUCUACAACUACGACAUGAAUCAGUACGAAAACGCUGAGAAGCUUUACUUGAGAUCCAUCGCAAUUGGGAAAAAGCUUUUUGGGGAAGGUUACAGCGGACUAGAAUAUGACUACAGGGGCCUCAUUAAACUGUACAACUCCAUUGGCAAUUACGAGAAAGUAUUUGAAUACCACAACAUCUUAGCCAACUGGAACCGAUUGCGGGAUCGGCAGUUUUCCGUCACAGAUGCCCUGGAGGAUGUAAGCACCAGUCCUCAAUCAACUGAGCAAGUUGUCCAGUCUUUCCUGAUGUCUCAGACCGUCGAAGGACCCAUUUGCUAAAGAACUUGGUCAAGUUUACCGAUUCUUGUUUCCUUCUUUGUUUUCCCCCCAGAUUUACACGGGAAAAGUCAUACUGUGAAAUUCGAAACCAUAUUUCAUUUUUUUCCCUCCUUUUUCCCCCUCCUUUCCCAGAGCUGUUUAUAAACAAACAAACAAAAAAUACAUUGAAACACUGGUCCAGUCCAUAAAAAAUCCUCAUUUUGGGGAUGACAUCAACUUUUGAUGGAGUGACCAUGAGCCGGACAUGUGCUUAAUAUGCACGAGUAUGAGUACAGCAUAUUUUGUUUGGGUUCAAGGUGCCUGCGUGUGUGUAUGUGUGUGGUUCACAAACACAUACACACAAGCAUGUACGCAUGGCGGGGGUGGGGGAAAGAUCUCUAAUAAUUUUCUCCCCAAAAAAAUAAUAUUAUUUUUUUGUUCUUAAAAAAAAAAAAGCCACUUUACAAAAAAAUCGCUGCAAAGACUAGAGAGAAAUAAAACCAUUUAACAGUUUUUAAAGAGUUGCAUUCUUAAUUGAGAAAAGAGGGUGCCAGGAUUAUUUUCUUCCUACAAUAAACAGGAGACUUUUAUUCAGUAUUAGGGCCUGCAGAAUCUGGAUGCAAAGGGGGAAAAGUAUGAUCAGGACUUGUGUCCAGACAGACACCUCGCUUCUGUCAGGGGUGGGUGGGAAUGGAGCAUCUUUUCCUGGGUUCACGCAGCAAUAGCAAUCUGCCGUUGACCCACCAUGCCAGAAAUAGAUGGCUUAAGAAUUUCCUUGCCUGACCAAGCUGGCUCCGAAACCUCUUUUUGUCCUCUGCACCCAGAUCUCUCUACCGUAUGGAUGAUUUAAAUUAAAGAAGAAGAAAAAAGAUUGAAAAGCAAAAACCUGCACGUGUACAAAAAGAAGCUGGGAAGGUUUCUCCUUCUCACUUUUUAAAGCAACGGAGAUUAUGUUUGUGAACAGCUCUUUGGGCCUUUGAGAAGAAUGUGUGAACUGGACCCGUAGGUUCACACCACCAGAGCGAGGAAUCUCCAAAAUAACCCCUUGGCCUCAACUUGCAUUCUUCUUGUAAUAUAGGCAAGGUUUGUUUUGUUUUGUUUUGUUUUUGGUGACAGGACCAGAAUAAUUUAAAGGGGACCAGCCUGCCCUUCGAAAAAGAAGUUGUGGAACAGUGCCACCACUCCCGUGUUUCCUUUGAUCCAGUAGAUUAAUUUAAUGAAGGGUGCGUUUUCAAUAGUACCCAGGACAUGGCAAGACAGAACAGAGAAUAUAUUAGCAGCUUCCACCGUUUUCAGCCAUUGCAAUGAUAAUGCCUUUUAAACUAUUAUGGAUACACACUAAAUAUUAUUUUGCUUAAGCAAAACUGUUAAAAACGCUUCUCCGUAGCCUCCCCUUCUGCCUUUUCAAGCUAGGCUGUCUCCAAAGGCUGCAACUUGCUUGUGCUGAGUUUUUUUUCUUCUUCUUCUAAAGUAUCUGGCUUUAUUUUAUUUUAUAUCUUUGGAGAUGACCGUUCCUUUUAUACUUUGCAGAGGUCACUGAAAUAAUAUCCAAAGAAGAAGGAACAAGCACAGCAAGGCAGUCACCGUUCCUUUUGCUUCCCUUUCUGUUUUUAAGCCUCGUUAUUUUUGUUUCACUGAACGAACGACCACAAUGUGAUUUCCUUAACUUCAUUUUUAAAUGCUUGUUGUUUCCUCUUUUUUUUUUUUUAAGUGUUAAUGCCUGU